GAACGUUGCUGAGUGUGUUCGCCUUCCGAAUAUUUGUGUGUUCUGAAAAUGAGCUGUUGAUUUCGCUUGCAUGGUUCACCGUCAAGGAUCUCGCUCUAUGCUAUCCACGACUUGAUCACUGUGGUCUUAGGCCUUCCCAAUCGACGUUUGGAGAGUGAAGCGCUGACCGGCUGAGUGCUAUUGAAGCGUAGGUUCUCCGACAAUGUCGGAUACAGCAGUCGAUGCUGACAACGCCGCCGACAACCCAGCGGCACAAGAUGAGGGCGAGCAGGCAAAUGGACAGCCUACUGUGGAUCCGAGAGGCGAGCUGGAGAAACUGAAGCUGACCAUUGAAGAGAAAGAAGGCGUGGAGAGAGAAGAAGCAGAGAAAAGAAUUCAGGAACUGGAAGCGAGUCUUCAACAGAAUGAGGAGAAACAGUCCGUACAUACACAAGCCAGCAGGAAAUCCGUGCACGAAGACGCGGAGGCAGAUGCUGCAGGUGAAAACAGUGAGACUGCAGAGGGAGCGGCCGAUGCAUCUGCCAAUGCUCCACAGGCGGACAACAAGGAUGAAGAAAAAGAAGCUGGUGAAGAGCAGCAAACAGCAGCGGAUACUGCACAGGAUGAGGACGCUCCUGAAAAGGAAGUGGACUUGAAGCUGAAAAAAGACGAUGAGCCAGCAGCAGCAGCAACGACCACCACAGAGGCAGCAGAACAGGAAUCGGAAAGCAGCGCAACUCCUGCCACACCAGCAACGUCUUCGAGGAAGAAAUCCGGACGAGACUCAUCCCGCUCUAUGUCGCGAUCAGAGAGUCGCGUGUCCACACGCAGCGGGAAGACGCCAUCACGAUCGGGGAAGGGUCGCAAACGACAAGCAUCAACCCCGGAUGUUCUGCAGGACAUCCCGCAGCUCAGACGACGUGGUGCCCCGGCCGGUAUUAAUCAAGCAGUCCCGGAAGAUGAAGAGAUGACGAGUCCCAUUGUUUCUAACCCACUGGAGAGGGUUGUUGGUCCCAUUUUCCGACGUGCGGACGUCAACGAUGACAAAGUCCUGAGCUUGGAGGAGAUCUUCAGGGUAUUCCGUUCGCCUGAGCUCGGCCUGAAUCUCUCAAAGGAAGACUUGACAGUGGUGAAGCAGUCUCUUGGUCUAAAUGAUGAAUCGCAGCUUACCUUCCACCAGUUUAUACCUCUGGCCCAGCGUAUUCUCAUGCGUGUUUAUCAGCAGCAAGAUCCGGAUAGUCUGGAUGAGUGGAUAGAGCUGAUGACCAGUGAGGGUGACAUGGUCUGGUUCAAUCGAUUCACUGGUGAAGCAAGCUUUCAGACACCUGAAGGAUAUACAACCGAAGGCGGAGAGAGCAACUUGAUUGAAGACGUGAUUCGCGAGAUAUUUGCAAAAGCUGACAUUGACCAGACUGGCUACCUGAGUCGGGAUGAGUUCAUAAGGAUGCUGCAGUCUCAUGAGCUGGGACUGGUCUUGACUGAGAGUGAUAUCAUACAGGUUGAAUCUACGUUUGACAUUAACCAAGAUGGCAAGAUCACAUUUGAGGAGUUUGUGCCGCUCGCCAAAACUCUCAUCAUGGCCCUGUAUCAACGCCGGGAUCCAUCACCGGGAGACUGGUGUCGGUUGAGCAGCAAAAAGGCAGGCCUGUUUUGGUUCAACAAGAGAACGGGUCAGUCAAGUCGUCAGCCCCCAGCGGAGGUUUACACACAGGCCAGAGCUGAGGAAGAAGCUAGGCAACAGAACAUGUUGUUCGUGGAGCAGGCCCUGUCCGACUUGGAAGGUGUUCAGUAUGAGCUGCAGGCCGAGCGAGAGCAACGUGAGGAAGUGGAAUACCAGCUGCAAGAGGUGGCACAGGAGGCAGAAAUUGCCCGUUCGCACCUAGAGGAGACUGGCAAACGUCUGGACGAAGCAAAUGAAAAGCUAAAUGAGAAUGAAGAAGUCAUUGAGAGCAAGGAGAAGACCAUUGAUGAGUGCCAAGCCAGGAUAACUGAACUAGAAGAAGAAGUCUCGCAAAUGGAAACUAUAAAAUCGGAGCUACAGACAACACACGACAGUCUUGAUGAGAGCAGAGCUGAAAGCUCGGAAAGAGCGACAACAAUCAAUGACCGUGAUGCCAAAGUUGCAAGCCUUCAGGAACAAAUAGCCAAGCUGACUGUGGAAUUGCGAAGCAAGACAACAGUUGUUCAGGAUCAACACGCAACUAUCGAGGACUUGUCUGAACGCCUGGAACAAGAAGAAACCAGAAACCGCCAGUUGGAAGAGGAGCUGCUUCAGAUGCCAGUGAUGGAAGGCGAGCUGCAGAAAACCGAGACCGUGCUCAUCCAGACGCAGAAGCAUUUGGACGAGAAGGCCACGGCACUCACUGUGACCAGGAAGAAUCUGCGGAAUGUCAAGGACAAAAACACGGAGCUGGAGCAGGGCCUGAACAUCGUAUCAGAGCUGAGGGAUAAGCUGCACGCGGCACGCUGUGAGGUGCACACCCUGCGACAGUUUGUCGGCGGCAAGACGGCACUGGUGCUGCAGCGUGAACGCGAGCUCGAUGCCGUCAAGCAGCGCAUGAAGGAGAUGGAGGAGAAGGACAGCCGUCGUGCUCAGGUCCUGGCUAGUGUGCUAGAGAAGACGGCUCGACUGCAGCAGGACUCUCGUAGCAAGACCACUGCUGCUGGUCAUAUGAGAUCUCAGUCUGUGGGUGAUGACGAGGGACUAGCUACAGAUAGACCUCUGAGCUGCCCAGCACUGGUGCCAGUCUCCGACGAUUUUGAUGAAGAGGACUACGCCAACACGUUUGACUACCCUGCUCAAGGUCCCCGAACUGCAGCAACCGUAUCCAGUACAGCCACCAGGGGGUUGCAAACACGCGGUGGCACAAUGCAGAGCAUGAGAAGCCCGUCCAAACUGCCACCAGUCAGCCGAGUAUCUCGCAGGCCCAACACCCGCGCACCGCCAAAGCAUUUUGCACCAGUUACGCCGGCCGACGUCAAAGCCAGGCAGCAUGUGGGUGACGCAAAGUUCACCGGGCCCAUGUUCCCGGCUAACCUAGAACCCGGCAGAACGCUGGCGUCCAUACCUAUCAGCUAUGCACUUCCCGAGGACGACGAGGCCGCCGCCGAUUCUGUAGCGGAAAAGCAGAUCAAGAUAGGUGACAGGGUCUUGGUGCGACGGAAAAGAAUGCCUUGGGAAUCAGAAUCCAGCAAGUCAUCGGGCAUAGUGCGCUACGUUGGUCGUGUUGACAGUGAAUAUGUAGACAAUCGUAUCUAUGUUGGCGUGCAACUGGACACCGCAGAUGGAGACAAUGACGGAGUGGUGAAGGGCAAGCGCUACUUCAAGUGCGCCCAGAACCGUGGCAUCCUCGUGCGCAUCACCGAAGUUCUUAGUGUCUUGCCGAAGAAGAAACUGGACUACAGGCCACUGAUCUUCAAUGAGAUGGCGACCAGCGCAAUAGCAACAUAACAAUUGGAACUUGAUGUUAGUAAAAUACAAAUUUGAUGUCGAUCUGGAAUGGGUAAUACCCAGUCCACUGAAGAUAGCUCACCGCUGUAAUAGCAUGAUGUGCAGCUUCAUACUCACCCAUUUUCACGUUGCUGUUUCUGCUUCAUACUCGAAUUCCCUUACACUAAAAGUUUACUUUAUCGAUCUGAAUCACCACUUGGGCUUUCAGCUCCAAUGUUUCAAUGCUUCAAAUUUUGAAUUUCAAAUCCAAAUGAUUGUGCUGCAUGUACUGCUGGAUCUAAACCUUGAGGAAAUAAUUCGUUUUCAUGACCUUGAUUGCCUUCUUGCGCAUAGAAUUUGCCCCUUUUCAGCUUUGGUACUUGCACAAUGACAUGCUGCAUAUGCCAAGCUCUUUAUGGCAUAUAUUCUCCCAGAACGUCAUAUACAUGUAUCAUGAUGAAAGAUUCAGUGGCCCGUGUC